AUGACGGAGAACAACAAGCUUGACUUUGAGAAGCACCUGGAGCUGAAGGAGAUAGGCCCGGACACUUUCACUAACAUCUACCAACCAUGGGUUUUCUACAUUACAUUCAAUGUCCCCGGUCCUGUGAUGAUGGCUGAAGCAGCUGCAGCCGCUUACAAGACUGUACCAUCGGGAUUCAUGCUGGACUCGUUGCACACACAGUUUAUGCUGGGUCCCAAGGCCGAGAAGCCCCUCGUAUAUAAAGUUCAAAGAGUCAGUCAAGGUCGAAGAUUCGCAGUACGGAUCAUCACGAUCGAACAAGACGACAAGCCCGUCGUCGCGGUGACGGCGAGCUUCAUGAGCGACCAGGCAUGGACGGGCAAGGCCAUGAAGCAUGCGGCGGCGAUCCAGAUCAAGGAGCGCAUCGACGAGAUAACACUCGACGACUUCGACCCAAUGCGCACGGAACGAGGGCCAUUUAUGAGGUUUCAGCGCCUUCCGCUCCAGCAUGCUGUUCCAAACGAUCCCAGUACCACGAUUGCACCCGUCGUCGCAAAAAUCGACCCGCCAAUCAAGUCGGCGACGGGCGGUGCAGCACAUCUGCUCGCCAUCGUGCACAUGUCCGACUACCAUGUAAUGGACUGCCCGUUAUCCAUUCACGGCGUCGAAUUUGGCCUCUACAAGAUCGGCGACCACGAGCGCAAACAAGUACCCUACGGUAUGAAGAUCAUGACCAGUCUCAACCACACUAUCCACUUCCACGUCCACGAAGGAUUUCGUGCCGACGAUCUAACGUACAUCGAGGCCACGUCGCCGUGGGCCAAGGAUGGACGUGGAAUGAUCCAUACGAAAAUAUACACCAAGGAUGGCCUGCUAAUUGCGACUUGUGUUCAGGAGGUUUGUGCCCAUUCCGCGGGAAACGCUAGUACUGACGCUCUGCAAUAA